AUAAAACAGAUAGAAAUGUCUUGCAUGUAUAGUAUGCAUACAAUCACAUGUUUAUGUUUACAUGCAUAAAGUGUAAUUGUUCAUUUCUCUUUACAAAACUAAUGGCAGCAUGGUGUGAUUAGUGAUAAAAUAGGCGCCUUUUAUUCAUUCUAUCUGUUUAGGUUAUUUUUUCCUUCAGUUUUUACAAAAUAGCAAUAAACUAUAAAUUCAUUAAUUCUAGGAAAUCCCUCAGUUUUCACAACUACAGGUAUUAAACUAAAUUCAUUGAUUCCAGGAAUUUAACAUACCUCUACAACCACAACUGUGAAAAAUUUACUGUAUUCCAAGUGAAUAUCAUUAUAAGUCAUGAAUCUCAUUCACAUGAAACAUAUAAAAUAAAGCAUUAGUUUUAGUGGUCUGAAGUUACUGAACAUAAUUUCAAAAACAAUUUAAGGAAAUGGAAGGUGAAAAUAAAGACUGUACUACUUGUGCCCUCUGCUGUGGAAACAUAACUGGCUUUCUGGCUUUUUGUGUGUAUUGCUUGACUGCAAUACUUGUUUUUGCAAAUGUUUUUGGACCUGUAACACCAGCUGGUGCCAUAAUUUCUCUGAUACCAGCUUUUGGCCUAGUGCUAUUUAUAUUUGUUCCCGUGUGCCGUGAUGCUAUAUUGUUGAUAGCAUAUGGAUGCUGCACCUGUCUAGGGUGCUUUCCCUUGAUUGGAGGUGCUAUCAUGAUAGGGAUUGCAGCAACUUACAGUGGAGGAAAUGACACUAAUGAUGCAGAAUACAAUUUGCCUGGGCUCUAUGCCUGUGGCAUUCUUUUUCUCUUAUCUGGAUUAGCCCAUAUAAUAGGAUGUGGAGUCGCAUGUGGAGCUGCAGCUUGUGACACAAAUGGAGUCAGGGAACGUGAUAAUGACGAUAUGAUAUAAAACUGAAUAACAAUAUCUACAUUAUGCAGUGCUAACUUUAUGCUAAUAUUUUGCAGUAUUGCAUUAAUUUAGUGAGUGAAAAACUUAAAAGCAUAAAGUUUUGUUACAAGUUUUCAUUUUUUUCAUUUUUUCUGUACAGAACACAAAUUACUGAAACAGAUCUUCAUUGUA